AUGAAGAGCCAGUUUAUCUUUGCUUCUGCAGCUCUUUUGAUGAUAGCAUCGUUGAUUAUGGAAGGCGAUUGCAUUACUGGCCCUAUUCCGGGGAGAGGGGGAAAGGUAAUACACUGGAACGAAAACAUUCUAAUACGACUUAGACAAUUAUUUCCAACCGAUUUACUAAAAAAACCAACGCACGGAAAAAGCAUAUAGGAUAAGCCAUUUCCGAUUUUCCAAAACUCUCACUUUCAAAACGAGGAUAAGUGUAAAACCUUUCCUGUGAAAAUGAGAUUUAUUUGCAUGAGAAUUAUUCAUAUAUUAUUUAAGGUGACCCGACCCAGUUAUUUUGUGAGGGCACCAUCCUAAUUGAAGCUCUCUGGUAUCCCCACCGUUACUUUGGUCAUAAGUCUAACAUAUAGCAUGGAUAACAUUUUGAUCAAUCUACAAUAUAGCAUAAAAUUUUUGGCGAUCGGGGUAAAUGUCACGUAGUUAUAGUGCCACGCCUCUUUGUGGUCUGAGACGAAAUUCUGCUGUUGCCGACAUUUCUUCGUGAAAAUCUCUCGUGGACAUAUAGUUAACAUUAGUGCCUUGCGUUGACCAGAGUUUCACCAAAACCGCAAAGAACCAAUGCGAGAAAUUCAGCGGUUUCCAAAUUUAGUUCAUAAUUAAUGUGAAAAUGAUAAGCAAACUUUACACGAUUAUAUCUAAUAAACUAUCAGAUUUACCCCUCUAUUUUGGGAAUCUUUAUAACAGAUGGGUCCUUACAAGUCAGCAAAAAGGAUUAGGGCGUUAUAAAUGCGCGCGAAUUCGAGAAAUGCAAACAUAUAGAAAUGAUAGUUUUAGCUAUUUGUUGACGUUUGUCAGCGUUUAGGAGUCCUUCUCACGAAAAAAGCAUUUUUUAAAAAACUCGUAGUUUUUUUCCUUCAAAUUUUUUCAGGGCCACAAUUGAUUAACUAACUACCCGGAUUAUGAAUUUCAUGGGCAUUGAAAAACUGUGACAUUAUCUUCUAUAAGCCCAAACUUGAGUAAACAUUGAAGAUUUUUAGCGUUUUGGCUGAGUUUGUGCUUUGGGAGUUUUCUAUUGUGUCUAGUUGCUUUGAAACCGCCUUGAGCAAUGUAACUCGGAAAUAACCCAUUUCCGUGACACAAAAAAAAAGCAAGGGGCACACAUACACCAACCCUCGGCCUGGCCAGUACCUCAAAGAUGCACAUUGCCAUAUCCCCGGGCAAUGGCGACCAUGGAUAGCUGUUUCCAUGCCUCUUAUAGACACAGGUAUCGAUUUGAUAUUUUACCUGAUUUUUUCAAAUGUUUUUUUCAUCCCUAACAACUCUAUCAGAGGACAAUGCAGAUUUGCCGUGCAGCAAGAAGCCUUGGCUGCAAGAAUAUAGAACAAGAAGUGGCUGAUGACCCCAUGAAAGAAGGGAGGGCUCGACGUGAAGUAGAAGAACGCUGAUGACAGCCAACCAAUGAUCGGACUAACCGCGGCUUAAAACAUAAAAUAUAAAUGUCAACUCUAACAUUCGAACAAGAAACUGUAAAUCGUAAAAAGUGCGUUAAUUAAUGAAUAAAAGCGAUUAAUGGUAAACUUUUAUCUGGGCUUCUUUAUGAGUCAGACUAUGGUUAGUUCUUAGUUGGCAGAUUUUAAAAAGUCCUACCAGUAAAAUUGCGGUUGUAAGCUCCACCCCUUCUACUUCCACGCUUCUCGCUUUACAGGGCAAUGGACAGGCAAACGAAACAACAAAGUCCGCAAAUAAAAAAUUCCCUCCUUCCCACUUACCUGCCCUUAACCACCACCCUAAAAAAAGUCAAAUAUAUUCCUUCCACUCAGGUUGUUUUUUUCUGGAUCACAGUCGUUUUGAAAAUGAGCUCUCAAAGUCGUAUCACAGCUUUUGUAUUAUUUAUUUUCGAGUUAAAAUCAAAUUAUAAUGUUGUAUGGUAUUUUACGUUCUGCAGGGUUAGCAAAAAUCCUUUUGUCCUUGCCAUAGAAAUUUUUAAUUAUUACAGCCUCCAAAUCCUUCUAUUUUAACCAAGACCAAGAGAAUGUUUUCUUUCUCUCGCUGAAACAAGUAUUGUAAUCGAUAAUAAUUUUGUUCUUUGCUAGUUCCCAAUAAUACUUUACAUUGCUUUGAAAGUUUUUCCAAAAAUUGCCAUAUGCUUCUGGUUACAAGGCAGAUGUUUGUAUUUUAAAAACGAAAAAGGCAUAAAUGUGACAAAGUAGAAGAUCAGUAGGUAACCACUGAAAACUAAGGAGACUGGUUACGAAUAGCCUGUUCAUGAUCAAGGGUCUUCAAUAGUUAAGAGACAAAUACUAAAACUCCGGUAGGGGGAUUCUCUAUACGGGAAGGCUCGGCUCGAAAGAGGCACCUUUUUUCACUCUUCAUUCAACUAUAUGAAGGAGUAGAGAAAUCUCUUAUUUCGGUCUGUAAAAGGACUCAAAAGGCCUGUGAGAUGUUUUUAUGUCUUUUAUGGCUGUGAAAAAGUAAAAAAAAAGAAAGAAAAAGAACCAAAAAACGUUCUGGUCUGGGAUUUAUUUAGAUUUUAAAGAUAGUGCUUUUAAAGAAGUUAAAAGAAGACGCAAAUUUCUUUAAUAGAUACGUGAAACUGGGUACAAUUUGUCAAUAGAAGGUAUAUGAAAAGGGUACCUUUUAUGUCAAAAAUGGCAUAUAAAAGGAUAAGGGGUCGGACCUCUGGUCGGAGCCUUUUCGUAGAAAAAAUUGUUGAGUUCCGCCCCAGGGUUUUUUUCAUCAAUGUUCCCAGUUAAGCAGUCGCCUCAUGUAAUCAACUAUCAAAUAACAGUGCAGAUUUGCCCUCUUUACUACCACUGGUCACGAGUCCAUCUUUGGGUUGAGAGAAUGUAAUAUACCAAACAUCUGUGAGAAUCUUUGUCAACUUAGACUGCUUUUUGUACAGGAAGGGCGUGAUAAUUGAUAUAUUACUUCGAUGCAAAUGUUUCUUUCUUUUCAUUGGCCAAGAGCCCACCACGUGACCUACAAAUAACUGACUACACAAAUAAUGUGUCGGCUUAUGUGCAAUGUCGUCCAACUCUGUUUGGCUGCAAAUAAUAUUCUGCUCAUGCGUGAAAUUGUUGGUCACUUAUUAGGGCUUCGUCAUGCGUUCCUUCCCUACGUUGGGGAGGAUUGCGUGACGAGCCAAAAGAACGUCUGCGUGGGAGGCUAGCCAUAGCAUAGCCUGCGUGGCAGGCGCUCGAAAGGGAAGGUGAAGGAAAGUUGCGCUAGACCGCCCCCCCGGAAUGCUCUUCCUGUUCCUUUUCAAACGCCUGCCACGCAGGCUACCAGCGGUCCUGAAGGGGUGCUUGGCCUGCUUGGCCUAACGUGCUGCGUACAGAGUGAAAGUAGCCGCAAAAUAAGAAACGCGCAAUUUGUCAUAAGGGAGUUUAGCGCUUUCCUUGAAAUUAACACUGGGGAACAUCUUUUUUCGGUUAACUCUUUUUACCCUAUUUACGGCUAACGGCUGUUUUACGCCUAUCGGCUAACCCCAUUGAGAAUCUCCUCAUGCAAGCGUUGACUUCUCACUACCUGUGAGUUAUCUAGAAAUUUCCUUAUGACAGUUCUCUGUAGGCCAUCAUAGUUAACUAAUUUAUGUUCGGUUAAUUUUAGGGAUAGAAAAUGAAGGCAAUAGUUUUAGUUAAUGACGAGCUUAAAGCCCUUAAAUACAUCGUAAACUAAGAAGGAAGAUUUUUUCGCUUAAAAAUUCAAAUGCAUGAACAGAGGUUAAAUUAACUGAUUAAAAACAGAUUAAAAUACACAGAAUUUUAUAGUCGAAAAACAGUUUGUCUAAUGUUCAUGUUGGAGUCAUUUUAGCUUACGUUGUUUGGUAAGUAUCCUGAAACUGCACAAAAUCCUACGAAGUUGUUACGAUUCAGGAAUCCCGACAGGAAGUUAGGUAUUUUGAUCGACUCGCCGACAGCAUUUAGGAAGGAAACUGAGUUCAGUUUAUUUAACUACAAUCAAGAAUGCCUUGUUAAGGUAAAUCGUACCUGUUUUCACCUAUUUUGACGGCUUUGACAUUGAAAGGAAAGAGCAGAUAAGUAUAAGCCAAAGCCAUAGCUGCACCUUUGUAGAGCUAGAUUACAAAAUGAGUGCUUAAAGGGGCUGUGCCACGGCAGUCCAGUUCAUUUUGUUUAAUUUUGCCAAUUACUCGCCCUCAAUCGCUAUGGAACUUAAAGUAAGCAAAGACAUUACAUGUAAAUGACAAAAUCAGAGACUUGAGACAAACAAAUAUGUCUCCUGAGCAUUAUUUUUGAAGUUGCAAGCCGCAGGGAUCAACUUUGAAACACUGUUAGGCUGAACAGUUUUCAAAAAUCCUAAUUUCAGUCCGUUUCAAUCUUCUUCAGUUUGCCUAUCCGUGACAUCUCUUGUUCCUGUUAUGUUAUUUUAACCUUCCUUUAAAAUUUUAAGCGGUUAUUUUUAUGUUUCUCUUAAUUUGACGGGCAUGUUGUGGUUUCCUAAUUUGGCUGAAUUUCGUGACACAGCUCCUUUCAUUAUUAUUUCGUCAUUGGUGGUUACUAAUACUAUCGCAAGGUAUUUGAAGGAAUAUUCAGAUCCACCUUACAGCAUCCAGCAAUGUUAGCUGACCCCACUUUUUUUUAGACGAAUAGCUUUUGGCAUUAGAAAAGGAAAAUACCCGGUGAUUUAAAAAAUUCUACGAAGCAGACUUUUGUAAUAAAGAAAAAAAGGACAUUUCAGCGAAGUGGAAAUUUUCCACAGGACAACUGGUUAAUUAUUCUCUGAUCAUUAAAGUAAAACGUCUUCUUCUCUUUUACUAAAAAACAGUGAUUUCAAGGAACACGACAAUACAUAUUUCAGUUGGGUACAAGUUACACUCUUGUGACCGGCUGUACAUUACUGAGCUUCAGAGAUCCAGGAUAAAACUAAAUUGAUGCUGUAUUCUUCUAUUUUCCCGACUGAAACAGCUGGUGCACAUGCCUUCCUGAAAAAAAAUGACUCGACUUUGGAGUUUAAAAUGAGAGCAUUUGUGAUAAAUCGCUUUCUCUGCAAUGACGCUAACUCAACUUUGAGGUAAACGUUAAUUGAAAUUGAUUUUUUUAUGGAUGUUAAUUUUUAAAACGAGGCUGCCUUAAUGCUUUAAUUUUCGUGCCGUCAUGAUGACGGUAGAAAAUCCUAUAUAAGGACGAAUGCUGCUUCGCUUUACGUCCUUUACGAAGAAAGGUUUGUUUAACGACAGGGUGUUUUUCUUGCCUUGGAAAAUGAAGAGCCCGUUUCUCCUUGUUUUUGCUCUGUUGAUGAUCGCAUCGUUGGUUACGGAAGGCGAAUGUUUUCAACCCGCAAAGGUACCGUAAUAUUCGCACUCCCUGAAAUUUUGUCCUUGAAAUCAGAUCACCUGUAGGGCAGUUUACACGAGCAAUUUUAUCGCGCGAUUUGUCGCGCUACAAGAGCGGCGAUCUUUGCUGUGGUCUUGUAGUGAAUUGUCUGCGAUUUUAUGAAUAGUAGCCUGCUAGCAAGCUCUCUCGGGGCUCCCAGAGUAGCAAUUUAGGAGUACAAUACAGUAUUUCCUGGCUAACUCUUUGGUUUCAGAGAUUGAUUUUUUCGUGAUACUUAUGGUAGGUUAUUUAAUUCCAACCUUUCAUCGUUGCAAAUUGCUCAAAAUAGCCAGUUGAAAAGAACGGUUAAUUAAAACCUGAAAAAAAAAUUCCACAAAUCUCAAAGAUGUACACCGCCAUAUCCCCGGGCAGUGGCAGCCAUGGAUAGCCUGUUUCCAUGCCUCUUAUAUACAGAGGUAUUGAUUUGAUAUUUUACCUGAUUUUGUCAAUUUUUUUCUUUUUUACCCCUAACAACUCAAUCAGAGGACAAUGCAGAUUUGCCGUGCAGCAAGAAGCCUUGGUUGCAGGAAUAUAGAACAAGAAGUGGCUGAUGACCCCAUGAAAGAAGGAUGGGCUCGGCGUGAAGUAAAAGAACACUGA